AUGAGAGGACGUUCAGGCUAUCGCAGUUCCAGAGAAAGCGAGGGCACGGUGGGAAAUACUAGUGAACUAUCCGCUAUGCUUAAUACAGGUCAAAAGCAGAAAAGAGCUCCUCUCCUGCGCACGACGUCGCUGAAGCUGCCGAACAAAAAUCUAUAUACCCUCUCCGAAAACAGUCACGAAGAGCCAGCUCUACCAAACUCCAACGUGCACCAUCAUGCUUCGAAAUUAAUGGCCAAUCGCCAUCGUAGCUCCGCUGCUAGCUUACUGUUCCAAAACUUGAAAAACAAGCGCAACAGCAGCAACCUUUCAUUGAAGGACAUGCGUAACAAUUCAGCUUCGUCGGGAACCCAAAGCGCUCACUCUACAAGCCAACGCCCGUCGCUGCACCUUCAUGUUCAUGACUCUAAAAAUGAGGAGGCAGACUACUUUCAGCGUCCUAGCACCAACCCUAUUAACCACUACCAAUUUAGCAGGAACAUGACUACGAGACCUAAAAGUUCGAGUACAACACACAUACCAACACUUGCAAGUUUGAAGCGCACGGAUUCUGCUGCUUCACUCAACGUUGAGCUCAGACCGCGAAAGUUUGAUAUCGGAUCCGCAGAUACGAGCCGGGAAGCUGAUCGAAGUAAUGCAGUUGACUACAAACACAGCGGCAAGUUCUUCCCACAAAGCAAAGUUGAUCCUACUUUGAAUGCCGUCGAGACUGAUCAAAGCUCUAUGCAAGAGGAGGACCACGAUAACAAAAUGCUUGAGACCCAAAUUGAAACUGCAAUUAACGAAGAACUGUUUCCUCGGGAGUACGCGUUUGAUAAUAAAUUUGAAGACGUAAUAGAAUUUCCAAAAACAGUAGAGCUAGAAAAAGCACGAAGUAUAACGAGCUCCAACCAAUCGCCCCUGACUAAAGUCGCGGGACGGAAGCUUUCGAAAACAGAUUCGUUGACCUUGGAAAACUUUCAAAAUGAUAUUUCGAACAGAUCAAGUACCUCCUCUCAAUGCGUAUCCCAUACGUCUCGAUUACAAAUGAAAAUGGAUAUCAUGAAAAGUCGAUUUGAUAGUUUUGUAACAGGACAUGACGUAUCGAGCGGAUCCGACAAUUGCAUUUCCAUCUUGAGAGGUGAGCCUAGCUCUCAUGAUAGCGAAAAUUCACUAAUAUUUACGCUACCAGUUGCGCGCAACUCUACACUUGAAUUGGAUCACGAAAGUAUCAACGAGGCAGUCGCAGGCGACGCCCAAGUACAAAUUUACAAGUUUUGGUUCCGGACUGACUUAAAGACGAAACUCUUGACCGAGAAACUUGCCAAUCAACUCAAAAAUAUUGAACGGUUUCCAUCUUCAGGGUUAGUGGGUGAGAAAAUAGUGGUCUCCAGAAUAAGAGAUCUAGCUACAGAACAAGAUCUUGUGGCCAAAGGCAUCAUGCAAAAAAUACAACAGCGCACUGAGAAUAAGGCAGUGACCGAGAGACCGGUACUUCAGAUGACCAGUGAUUCGAAAGAUCAGGAAUUUGAGCAAUUGUUUGAGAACACCAAAAACUACGUAGCCACAUCUAGUUCCAGAACUGAGGAUGCGGAAAUGCUGAACUUGAGAGACAAAAUGAGCCUUGGGAAAACUAUUUUCGAGGACCUGUGGCGCGACUCAGAGCAGAGCGAGCUUCUGUCAUUAAGCACUUAUGAUCUUAGCAAUAGCCCGGAAAUUCUUCCUGAUGCGCCCACGUUGAAAAUUGCUUCACACAAAAGUUCCACGUCGUAUUCCGAUGAUAGCAUGACGUUUCCCGUCUCACCCGAGGACUACCGCCACUUGAAGUCGUCCGUCACCGAAGAUCCGGUCAUCUCGCACUGCUAA